UGAGCAAAGUGUGAUCAGAUCAGUUAGAAAACAUUAGAGAACUCUUUACUCUGACUGUUUAUUCAGCCCAUUAAUUCACUGUCUGAUCUGCACUGUUGUCCCACACAGACUGCAGCCAUGAACAAGGACAGAACCAAAAAGAUUACAAUGGAAAAAGCAGAUGAAGAGAAGGUGGCAGAAACGAGAGCACAGACCACAGAGGCCGCUCCUGGAGCUGACAGUGCAGCCAGUCUGUUUGCGGCCCCCGGGAACAUUUACUCAGCCAUUCUGAGCCGCAAUGAAGCCGUCAAAGAUGCCAAGAGGCUGAAGGACUUUUUGGAGCUCAGGGACAAAUAUGUGCGCAAAAAAGUUCUGUUUAAAGACCCGCUAUUUCCUGCUGAUGAUUCCUCACUGUACUACAACCAGAAGUUCCCACUCAAACUGGUGUGGAAAAGACCAUCGGAAAUUUGUAAGAAUCCCCAGUUCAUUGUUGGAGGGGCUAACAGGACAGAUAUUUGCCAGGGAGAUCUGGGGGAUUGCUGGCUCCUGGCUGCCAUUGCUUGCCUGACUCUAAGUGAAACCCUUCUAUAUCGAGUCGUUCCUGCCGACCAGAGCUUCAGUGAGAACUAUGCCGGGAUUUUCCACUUCCAGUUCUGGCGCUAUGGUGAAUGGGUGGACGUGGUUGUGGACGAUAGACUUCCCACUAGCAACAACCACCUGGUGUUCACCAGGUCUGGGAAUAAGAAUGAGUUCUGGAGUGCUCUUCUGGAGAAGGCCUAUGCCAAGCUGCAUGGCACUUAUGAGGCCCUGAAGGGAGGAAACACACUGGAGGCCAUGGAGGACUUCACUGGAGGGGUCACAGAGUUCUAUGAGAUCUCAGAUGCACCCAGAGAGAUUUACAACAUCAUGAAGAAAGCUUUGAACAGGGGAUCCCUUAUGGGCUGCUCCAUAGAUUCUUUGGUUCCAUCUGCGAGUGAAACCAAGACUGAUACAGGUCUUGUGAGAGGUCACGCCUACUCAGUCACUGCAGUAGAGCAGGGUAAACAGGAGGAUGGAAGUGACACACGUAUUCGUCUAGUGCGUCUGCGGGACCCCUGGGGGGUCGCUCCUCCACCCUCUCGAAUGUCCUGUGACUGGUCAAGUCUCGCAACCUCUGAACAGGACCAACAGAGACUGAAGCCAGUAGAAGCAGGGGAGUUCUGGAUGGGCUUUGAGGAGUUCCAGCAGACCUUCACUAAGCUGGAGAUCUGUAACCUGACACCUGAUGCCCUGCAGGACGAUGAGCUGCUGAAGUGGGAUGUGUCAGUGAAUGAGGGCCGCUGGGUGAGGGGCUGCUCUGCUGGGGGCUGCAGGAACUACCCAGACACGUUCUGGACGAACCCUCAGUAUCGUCUGCGUCUGACUGAGGAGGAUGAUGAUGAGCCUGAUCAUGGAGAGAAGGGUUGUACAGUGGUGGUGGCACUUAUGCAGAAGGGCAGAAGGAGAGAACGCUGCACAGGAGGAACCCUGCUCACCAUCGGCUUCGCCAUCUAUGAGGUUCCAAAGGAGAUGCACGGUAAUAAGCAACACCUGCCCAAAGACUUCUUCCUGUACACAGCCUCCAAAGCACGCUGCAAGUCCUACAUUAACCUGCGAGAAGUUACGGAGCGUUUCUGUCUGAGUCCAGGGGAAUAUGUCAUCGUCCCGUCCACGUUCGAUCCCAACAACGAGUCUGACUUCAUCCUCAGGGUUUUCUCUGAGAAGACGAGCACCUCAGAGCUAAGCGGUGCCGUGAUCGAGGCCGACCCCUGUGUGCUGGAUAAUGAAAACAAGAAGAUUAAGCUGCCUAAAUCUGAGGAUGAGGAAAGCGAUGAGGAGAAACAGUUUAGAGCCAUGUUUCAGCAGAUUGCUGGAGAUGAUAUGCAGAUCAAUGCCAAAGAGCUGAGGAGCGUCUUCAACAAGUUACUGACAAAAUACAAGGGUCUGAAAACUGAAGGUUUCAGUCUGGACAGCUGCAGGAGCAUGAUAGCACUUAUGGAUACUGAUGGAACAGGCAGACUAAACCUGGAAGAGUUCAAGCACCUAUGGAGCAAGAUCCAACAGUGGAAGUUAAUCUUCAGUCGCUAUGACAGGGACAAGUCCAGCAGCAUCAGUAGCUUUGAGAUGAGGAAUGCCGUCGCUGAUGCAGGCUUUCAGCUCAACCCCCAGCUCCAUGACAUCAUUGCUAUGCGUUAUGCAAGCGAACACCUGUACUUGGAUUUUGACAGCUACAUUUGCUGCCUGGUGCGACUCGAAGGCAUGUUCAGAGCAUUCAAGGCCUUUGACAUAGAUGGAGAUGGGAUUAUUAAGCUCAAUUCCCUUGAGUGGCUUCAACUGACCAUGUAUGCAUAAAGAGAUGGCCACGGUGAUCCAAGGAGCUUCAUUACUAUGACAGAACUAUUGUUUGUGGACUUCUCAGCCUCCAGCACAAGUACAAAGACUGGAACAAAUACAAAAUUAUGUAUUUGACCCUUUCCGCUGGUGAACACUGCUGGCUCUA